UCUCAUGUGACUGAAAACAGCUGGUCAGAUGGGUGAAAAUAAUGAUAAGCCAAGUCGGAACAGAGUUAAACAAAGCGUUGCACCGCAUAUUAGAUCAUCACGUCUUUGUAAAAAUUGAGAUUGAUACUUUUCUUGAGAACUUCGAGCUAAAACGUAACGACAAAGAAGUUGAGAAGCUUUUCCAAGUCACUGAGACUGUUGGAGCCCUUAAGUACGAUUUAUCCGACCGUUGCGUGGCAUUGGGAAACAAAAAUUUAUCUGAAAUAAGCACCGAAGUUAACAGUUUGCUGAGUAACGUGAACGCGCUGCUGGAAAAAGUUCAAAUAGAGCAUCAGCCCAGUUCAGAAUUGCAAACAGCCCGACGCUUACGAGCGGAACGAAAAGCAGAGUUUCUAAAAAAUCUUCAGCACGACUUUCAACGUAUUGAAAAUUCCUUUGAAGAAAAAGAGGAGGAAAUUGCUGAGCUCUAUUCCGACUUAGAGCGAAAACUAAAUAUUGCUAAGUGAAAAGGUCAUUACUAUGCUCAAGUCGACCAUUAUAGA